UUAUAGUACUUGUAUUAUUACUUCCCUUUGGCUGGAUUAAUCUGCCACAUGUAUUUGGAACAUUUUCUUUGGCUUUGAGCUUCUCCAUUUUUUUCCUUAUUGCUCCACGCAUAACUCAAACAUCUUCAACACAAUAUCACGUUUCAUUGAAUAUGGUAUUGAAGGAGUUCAAAAUCCGAAGCUAUGAGUGUCAAUUCGAUAGAGCUCAGGUAGAAGAUCUUGAGAGAAGAUGCAAGGUAGGGCCAUCAGAAAGCGUGUUAGACACUAUGGGUGACCCCAUGUGUAGGAUUCGAAACUGUCCCAUGUACAUAAUGCUGGUGGCAGAGAUGGACAACGAAUUGGUUGGUGUCAUUCAAGGCUCAAUAAAAACGGUCACACUUCAUAAUCAUCAUCCUAAUAAGGAUAUGGCAAAGGUAGGGUACGUCUUAGGCCUAAGAGUUUCUCCACAUAAUAGAAAAAAAGGCAUUGGCUCAAGCCUAGUGCAAAAGCUAGAAGAAUGGUUCACUUCCAAUGAUGUGGACUAUGCAUACAUGGCCACAGAGAAAGAAAACCAUGCAUCAAUCAAUCUCUUCAUGAACAAGUUUGGCUACAUCAAGUUUAGGACUCCAUCUAUACUCAUAAACCCAGUGAAUCAUCACCCUUUUGGAAUCUCAUCCAACAUAGAGAUAGCCAGGAUCAAGGUUGAAAAAGCUGAAUCCCUCUAUAGAGGGUUCAUGGGAGCAUCCACUGAGUUCUUCCCUAGUGACAUAGAGAAUAUACUAACCAACAACCUAAGCUUGGGAACAUGGGUGGCUUAUUUCAAAGGGGAUAGUGGUUUUGGUAAUUUAGAAGGAAAAGUCCCCAAUAGUUGGGCUAUGCUUAGUGUAUGGAAUUGUGGGGAAAUCUUCAAGCUAAGGCUAGGGAAAACACCUUUGUCUUGCAUGCUAUUCACAAAGAGUUUGAGCUUGAUGAAUAGAAUCUUCCCUUGCUUGAAAUUGCCCACCUUGCCUAAUUUCUUUAGUCCUUUUGGAUUCUACUUCAUCUAUGGGGUGUACCAAGAAGGGCCUUUCUCUGGGAAGCUGGUGAGGGCCUUGUGCAAGUUUGUGCACAACAUGGCUUCUAAGACUGAGCAUUGCAAGAUCAUUGUGACAGAAGUUGGAGAAAGAGAUCAUGAGCUUAUUCAUCAUGUUCCACAUUGGAAAUUGUUCUCAUGUCCAGACUUGUGGUGUAUAAAGGCUUUGAAGAAAAAUGGAAGAACAAACAGGUUUCAUGAAUUAACCAACACCCCACCAAGAGGUCUCUUUGUAGACCCGCGAGAAGUCUAAACUCUAGACUUCAAAGGGUAAAUAUAAAUAAUUUUUUCCUUUAAACAUGUGAUCAUGAAUAAACCAAUUUGUUAAGUCAUUCAA